UUUUGGUAGUUUUGUUGUKUUAUAGGGUGUGUUUAGAGUUUUAUUUUAUCAUGUGAUCUUUGUUAUUACUGAUUUUGUGAAGGUUCUGGUUGAUUAUAGGACUUAUAUAAAGUGGUGGACAGGUUUUAGCUUCUGUUAAGAAUGGAGCAAUUUCAAACAUACGCCACUUGAAGGGAGGUGUUUGCACCAGGAUGCCUGAACCACUGACKCGCUCAACAUCCUCAAUUGCCGUGAACUGAAGGCAGCAAGAAGAGCUUCAUGUUAAUAAGGUCAUCAACCACACAGCUCCUUAAGUGCCAGAUGACGUGUGGAGCAAGCACAUUCCUCAAGAGACUUUUUUUUUGCUCUUAAUGACUGUUUAACACGUCUUGUUUACCUGACACAUCACAGAAGACCAGUUUUCAUCCUUUGUUUGGGGAGAGAAGCACUUGAUUAUGCAAUGUGCAGAUACAGGUGUUGAAGACUCAGUGGUCUUAAGGGUCACUUYGACAUACCCAUGCUGUAAAAUCAAGCUUGAAGUAUUUUUUGGUGUUCAUGCCUGGGAGUGCUCAGCAUGUGGACUAACAAAGUAAGCCCUAAGGGAAUGAGUAGAUAUAAUAGCUUUUCACGUAUUUUGAACACACUGUUCAAAAAUCCAGUCCCAUUUCUAAAAACGAAUUUGAAACCUGCUAUAAUGACUCCUUAAACAUUUUUAAGGCAUCAUACGACACAAGUAAGAAAAUGGAUGCAGCCCCUUCAACCGAGUGGCCUCCCAUGUUCGUUUAUAAUGGCACAUACAAGUACCUGCUCUUGGAGGGCAAUGUCUCCUAUGUAGACUUCUACCUCCAUCAGCCUUCAGUGGCAGCUGUCUUCAUCAUCUCGUACCUCCUCAUCUUCCUGCUCUGUAUGGUUGGCAACGGUGUCGUUGGCUUCAUUGUUCUGAGGAGCAAACACAUGCGAACGGUCACAAACCUUUUCAUCUUAAACCUGGCCAUCAGUGAUCUCCUGGUGGGAAUCUUCUGCAUGCCCACUACUCUGCUGGACAACAUCAUUGCAGGAUGGCCAUUUGGGAGCAUGGUUUGCAAGAUGAGCGGCAUGGUCCAAGGAAUCUCUGUCUCAGCUUCUGUCUUCACACUAGUUGCAAUUGCUGUAGACAGGUUCCGAUGCAUCGUUUACCCCUUCAAGCCGAAGCUGACGGUUUCGACGGCGGUUGUGGUCAUCGCAGUCAUCUGGAUCCUGGCUGUGGCCAUCAUGUGUCCCUCGGCGGUCAUGCUGCAGGUGCGGGAGGAGAAGCUCUUCAGGGUGAUCCUCGGCCGCGGCAACGAAACCCGCCCCGUGUACUGGUGCCGGGAGGACUGGCCCGAGCCCGGCAUGAGGAAGAUCUACACGACGGUUCUGUUUGCCAACAUCUACCUGGCUCCCCUGUCGCUCAUGGUGAUCAUGUACGCGAGGAUUGGCAUCGCUCUCUUCAACACGGCUGUGCCAGCGGCGGGAAAACACAGCCAGGAGCAGCGGCACCUUGUGUCCAAGAAGAAGCAGAAAGUCGUCAAGAUGCUCCUCGUCGUGGCUUUGCUUUUCAUGCUGUCCUGGCUUCCGCUGUGGACUCUGAUGAUGCUCUCUGACUAUGCUAACUUGUCUGAUAUGCAGCUGCAAAUCAUCAACAUCUAUAUCUAUCCCUUUGCUCACUGGCUGGCCUUCUUCAACAGCAGUGUCAACCCCAUCAUCUAUGGCUUCUUUAACGAAAACUUUCGCCGAGGUUUCCAGGCAGCCUUUAAACUUCAGCUCUGUUGCAGAGAGGUGGUUCACAAGGAGGUCWACUCAAAGCGAGGCCAAAGCAACGUGAUCUUGCCAAUAGCUAACUACCAGACACCCCAAGGUGCAGCUGGCCAAAAUGCUAAGGAGCAAAGAAAUCCAAUUAGGGAAGGAAAAUGGAUAAAUAAGCAGCAGGAUUUGGUGAUGGAGGAUCUGUAAGAGUCCUCCUGCAAUGGGGUUAAGUGAAACUUGCUAUGAACUAUAUAAAUGAUUUAUGCCUGGCAGGGUUUGUUUAUUGCGGUGGGAAAUUCAUACUCUGUAAGACAUGGCUGACAAAACCAAGAUAUGCCAAUAUGUUUCUGUUGAGAAGAAGACAUGCAGCUUGGGUAAUAUCUGAUUCUUUGAUAAUGAGCAGAACUCAAAUUCUGCCGUUAUUGUUACUGAUUCACAUUAAAACUCUCUAUCCUGCUGUCAGGGGAGUCUCACUCUUUCCAGAUGGGAAUGGAGCUAAGAUCUGAUUAAAAUGUGUUUACCUUUGACUUAUCCUGAUGUAAGAGAAAAAAUAAAAUAUGGUUAUUGACUCAGAUACAUUUAUGGCUGAUAAUGAUAAAGAGAAUACUUGUCUACUUACUUUUAAGAAUUUGGCAAAGUGGGCUUAAACCAUAUUUAUGGAUAAAUGCAUCCAUCUUCAACAGGGAAAGUUAUCUGUUCCUAAUACAUGUGCACAGUUUUAAUACAGCCUGGCCUUGGAGCUGCAUCAUCCCUAGGGACUUGUCCAUGAUGAACGUGGCUGCCCAGGAACCCCUGUCAUGCUGGCCCAGGGAUUCUCUGCAGUUCCCAGGAUGGAGAGAUCCAUCUUUCCAUGUACUGUUGAAAUGAGAAAUAAUUGUAUCUGUCCAUCAAGAUAUUCACUCAUUCUGGAUGCUAAUUUGAGUCUACUUUUACUGAACUAAUAUAGCAAGUCUAAUCCAAUCAUUCUCUUCUUUAUUUAACAUGCCACACUUGCCUGCGUUCAGCAGGGGGUCCUCCUUGGCACUGCUGCAUGGGUUGCUUCUAUGAAGCCUUAGCCUGUUCUUGGAAUUUGUCAAUCUGUUAUUUGAUCUCAUUAAGUCAAACAUGAGAGAGAAAGUAUUCAUUUGUGAACUGAACUCAUCAAUCUCCAGGUCAACACGUAGCUGCUGUACUCGUAGUGCUUAUGCCUGGACAUUUUCUAUAGCAACUGUUUUGCAAAUAAUAUCUAGAAAGUAAGCAUCUCAGGUGGCAUUUGACUUAUUCUCAUUUCCAGUUGUUCACUUGCUUAAUUUUCU